AAAAAAAAAAGUACUACAUCCAUGAUUAUAUUCUCCUCUUCUUGUUUCUUUAUUUCCCACAAAUCAUGAAUGUUAUCUCAUGAGAAUAACAUUCUUGAUUUGUCAUCCUCCUCCUAAUUGUCUUGUCUUUCUACCUUUGACUCUUUGUCAAUAUAUUCAUAAAAUUUUUGUAUUCUAAUAAUUUCCAUUAUCAAUAUUCAAAGAAUUAAUUAACCAUAUACAAUGGCUUUAAUUUCAAUAAGCAAGAUUUAUUUUUGAGGAGAUUAUCAUCGAAAGCGCGCAAAAAAUUAGAGAUAUGGGUGCAUGUUGUUCAUGUCAAAGGGUGCGCCAUUUCGAUCAUCAAGGGAAUUAUCGUCACCAUAAUUAUAUUAAUGGUGAUGAUAAAGAAGAUAAUAAUAUUAUUGUUGAAGAUGAUCAUCAUGGUGUUGUAGGAAAGGGAGAUUUUGGUGCUAAUAUUAGGUUACAUGGAUAUUCUAAAUUUGUAUCUAUGUAUAGUCAACAAGGUAAAAAAGGGAUCAAUCAAGAUGCCAUGACAGUUUGGGAGAAUUUUGGUGGAGAGAAAGGUGCGUUUUUCUGUGGCGUAUUCGAUGGGCAUGGUCCAUCAGGUCACAAGGUGGCGCGCUAUGUGCGUGACUUGUUACCAUCAAAAAUUUCGAUAUCAUUAAAAGAGGGUGAUAUUAAUGAGAAUGAAAUUAUUAGAAACAUCGAAAAUGAUGAAGAAUCUAAUCAGAAUUUCCCAUUAUUUGAUGCAUGGAAAUCUGCAUAUCUCAAGUCCUUUAAAGAAAUGGAUGAACAACUUGGAAGGGAACCUUCAAUUGAAAGUUAUUCUAGUGGCACAACAGCUGUUACUUUAUUUAAACAGGGGGAACAUUUGUUCAUUGGAAAUUUAGGUGAUUCUAGAGCAAUUAUUUGCACUAGGGAUGAGAAGAAUCAACUUAUUUCCCAACAACUCACAGUGGACUUGAAGCCUCACCUCCUAAAUGAAUAUGAAAGAAUUAAAAGUUGCAAAGGAAGAGUAAUGGCAAUGGAACAAGAACCAAAUGUGUAUAGAGUAUGGAUGCCAGAUGAAGAUUGUCCUGGCCUUGCCAUGGCUAGGGCUUUUGGUGAUUUUUGCUUGAAAGACUAUGGCCUCAUCUCUACCCCUGAAGUUUAUUAUAGAAAACUCACUGAAAACGACGAAUUCGUCGUCUUGGCUACUGAUGGGGUGUGGGAUGUUUUAACCAACGAUGAAGUGAUCCGAAUAGUUUCUACAACAAGAAAGAGAUCAAUGGCAGCAAAAACACUAGUAGAAUGUGCAGUUCGAGCCUGGAAAUACAAGUAUCCACGCGCAAAAAUUGAUGAUUGUGGCGUAGUUUGCUUGUUUUUCAAACGCCAAAAGCCUCUGUUAACCAAAUCAAUGUCUGAGGUUACUCAAUUGAGCUUUAAUUAUGCAGAAUUAGCAAACGAUCAGAAUUAUCCUGAUAACACGAAAACAGAUGAUGGACUAGAUACAUUGCUUAAUUAUCAAGUCAAAGAAGGAGAUGAUCAAGAAAUUGAUUGCGGAGAUAAGGAUGGAUCGGAUAAUGAUAACAAGAAUUCAUCGACAGAUCAUCUACAUUAUCGAGGCCAACGAAGAAAAUCUGCGAUGAAAUUUGUGUAUCCUGAAGAUCAUCAAUAAUAUGAGGCUUGUCUACAUAUAAGUAGCCAAAAAAAGAACUCCAAAGGCAAAA